AUGGACCAUGCCCUGCAACACCUGCUGGAGACAAGCCUCCAGCAGCACGCUGUGACGCAGCAGCUCGCCGAGAGCCUUCAGGUCGCCACACAGACACUGAUCGCCAUGAGGACUGAGACCCCCGCCGCCUCCGUGCCUCUCCCCGACGCAAGAAGCGAGACCCGCCGCCUACUACCCCCCCUCGGCCCCGAAGAGGACCUCGAGGCGUACUUCGAAGCCUCUGAGAGUAUCGCCCGCCGAGAGGGGUGGGACCGUGACGACUGGCCACGCGCCCUUGGUCCACUGCUCACGGGAGAGGCCCGAACAGCCUACUAUGCCCUCGAGCCGGAGGAGGCCGCGGACUACCUGGCGAUGAAGGAGGGAGUCCUGGCAUGGUGUGGCCGAACCCCUGGCCAGGCUGCUGCUGAAUUCCAUCGCUGGGUUUAUCGACCAGGGGCCCGACCACGUUACCAGAUGAACGCCCUCAUCCGGACCACCAAACGAUGGCUCCGGCCGGAUCGGCAUACCGCCUCAGAGGUGGCGGAGAAAGUGGCGGUCGACCGUUUCCUGAGGGCGCUACCCCGGGCAGAGAGACAGGCCGUGGGGGCACACGCCCCAACUACGCCCCAGGAACUCCUAACUGUCCUGGAGCGAACCUUGGCCACCCUGGAGCUCGACCCCGGGGAGCAACAGCACCUCGAUCGGCCCCCCGGUGCCCCGGGCCCCCGGUCCGACCGCCAGACCCGGCCCCGCACCUGGAGGAACCCCCAGAGGGCGCCCACUUGUGAACACCCCCGAGACGAGCCCAUGCCUACAGAGCCGGAGAGGGAAGCCGCCCGGCUGCUUUCAAAACCAUGGCUGGCAGGUUGCGCCCUCCAUCAGCAGCAACCGCCGGAGGCACCCUCCUUGACGGUGUGGGUCGAAGGGAGACCGGUAACUGCCCUGCUGGACACCGGGAGCACGGUGACCCUCGCCCGGACCUCCAUCCUGCCUGAGGAGCGCCACCCAAGGGGGACGCUCACCGUGACCUGUGUCCAUGGGGACACCCGGGAAGUCCCCUCAGCCGAGGUCCAGAUCCGGGGCGAAGCCGGCACCUGGCCCCUCCAGGUCGGAAUCGUCCCCGAACUCCCCGUGCCCCUCCUCCUGGGACGAGACUGGCCAGGACUCCUGGUGGUACCGAGAGCCGAGCCCCGGAGAUUGCGGCGACGUACGAAGGGGACCCCGGCCCGGCCGGCCUACCUAGCCCAGGACGACGGAGAGGCCACCACGGAAGAGGGGAAGUUCGGCCAGGAGCAGAAGGAGGACGACCGGCUGAAGCACUGCUGGGCUCAGGUACGGGUGAUAGAGGGGGUCGACCAGAGUCCAGAUCUGAGGCUCCCCACAUCGUACUUCCUCGUCCGAGGGGGGCUCCUCUACCAACGGGCCUGCCGCCGCGGGGAGCAGGUGGACCUACUGGUGGUGCCCCGACCCAAGACGGCCGUCUUAUUGCACCUAGCCCACACCCAUCCACUCGGCGGCCACCUGGGGGCCCGAAAUACCUUGGAGAAGCUGCGGGACCGCUUCGUGUGGCCCGGGAUGGAUGCGGAGGUCCGGGCCUUUUGCCAACAGUGCCCGCAGUGCCAGCGCACGGCCCCGCGGAGGCCCCCGCCGGCGCCCCUGAUCCCCCUGCCCAUUAUCGGCGUCCCGUUUGAGCGAGUGGGCAUGGAUCUCGUGGGGCCCCUACCCAAGUCUGCCCGGGGCCAUGAAUACAUCCUGGUCCUCGUUGACUACGCCACGCGGUACCCCGAGGCGGUGCCGCUCCGCAAGGCCACCUCGCAAAGCAUCGCCAGGGAGCUGGUACUCCUCUUCAGUCGAGUGGGGAUCCCCAAGGACGUUCUGACCGACCAAGGUACGCCUUUUGUCUCGAAGCUAAUGGCGGAUUUGUGUCGUCUGUUGCAGGUGAAGCACCUCCGGACGUCAGUCUACCACCCCCAAACCGACGGGCUGGUCGAGAGGUUCAAUCAGACCCUCAAGCGGAUGCUGCGCCGGGUGGUGGACGAGGAGGGAAGGAACUGGGACCUCCUCCUCCCCUACGUACUUUUCGCCGUUCAGGAAUGCCCCCAGGCGUCCACGGGCUUCACGCCCUUCGAGCUCCUGUUCGGGCGGCGCCCGCGGGGAUUGUUGGAUGUGGCCCGCGAAGCCUGGGAGGAGCAACCAUCCCCCUUCCGCUCCGUCGUCGAGUACGUGCAGGACAUGCAAGCAAGGAUUGACAGGGUGGGCCCCAUCGUCCGGGAGCACAUGCACGCGGCGCAGGAGGAGCAGAAGAAGGUAUACAACCGCCCCGCACAGCCCCGGGAAUUCCAGCCGGGGGAUCGGGUCCUCCUGUUAGUGCCCAGCAGCGCCUGCAAGUUCCUCGCCCGGUGGCAAGGUCCAUAUACCGUCCUCGAGCGCCGGGGCCCGGUCAACUACCGCCUGCAGCAGCCCGGUAAGCGGACGGACGAGAAGCUAUACCAUGUAAACCUGCUGAAAAAAUGGGUGGAACCAGCCCUGGUGGUGUCGGCGUUCGCAGCUCAGGACUCGGACCGGGGCGAGGGUACCUUGGUCGGCCUAGGGGAGGACCUCACCCCCGGCCAAAGACAGGAGCUUACCGAGCUGAUCGACCAGUUCGCAGAUGUGUUUUCGGCUACCCCGGGGAUGACCCAGCUGGUCCAGCAUGAAAUCAAGACUCCUCCCGGUGUCGUGGUGAGACAAAGGCCCUACCGUGUCCCCGAGGCUCGACGCCAGGCCAUCGAGGAGGAAGUCAGUCGCAUGCUGCAGGAGUCCAGCAGCCCCUGGUCCAGCCCCAUCGUCGUCGUGCCGAAGCCGGAUGGGAGCAUGAGGCUAUGCAACGACUUCCGGAGGCUGAAUCAGGUGUCAGAGUUCGACAGCUACCCCCUCCCCAGAGUGGACGACUUGGUCGAGAGGCUGGGGAGAGCCCGAUUCAUAUCGACCCUGGACCUCACCAAAGGCUACUGGCAAGUGGCGCUCACACCAGAGGCAAGGCCCAAGACGGCCUUUAGCACGGCCACCGGCCACUGGCAGUAUCGGGUUCUCCCCUUUGGGCUGCACGGGGCGCCCGCCACGUUCCAGCGGCUAAUGGACAUCCUCCUGCGGCCCCACCGGCAGGAGGUCCUGAAAGCACUCCGGGCGGCCGGCCUGACCGCCAACCCAAAGAAGUGCCACCUAGGGCUGACGGAAGCCCAGUACCUGGGAUACCGCAUCGGACGGGGAAUGCUGAAGCCCCAACUAAAGAAGAUCGAGGCUGUGAAGGGCUACCCGCGUCCGACAUCGAAAAAGCAGGUACGUGCCUUCUUGGGAUUGGCGGGCUACUACCGCAGGUUCGUGCCUAAUUUUUCUGCUGUAGCCUCUCCCCUCUCAGACCUUACAAAGAAGGGCCAGCCAGACCAGGUCAGGUGGACAGCCGACGCAGAAAGGGCCUUCCAGGCCCUAAAAGGGGCCCUCACCAGCGCGCCGGUACUCCGCAACCCGGACUUUGACCUCCCAUUCACCGUGUAUACUGAUGCAUCCGAGACCGGGCUGGGCGCCGUCCUCUCCCAGACCUUCGACGGGGAAGAACACCCGGUCCUCUAUAUCAGCCGGAAGCUGUCCCCGGCCGAGAGGAACUAUGCGGCGGUCGAGCGGGAGGCACUGGCGAUAAAAUGGGCCAUCGAGGAGCUGAGAUACUACUUGGCAGGCAGGCACUUCGUCCUCAUAACGGACCACGCCCCCCUGCAGUGGAUGGCCAAGGCGAAGGACACCAACGCCCGGGUAACCCGCUGGUUCCUCGCCUUACAAGACUUCUCCUUUCAGGUUAAGCACCGGGCGGGGGCCCAGCAUGGUAACGCGGAUGGGCUAUCACGACGAGACACCCUCUGGGCCCACCACCGAGCGGCAGUAGGCUCGGAGCUGAGGGGGGGGUACUGUCGCGACGGGCAGAGAGCCGGCGCACACAAGAAGGAAAUCGCUCCUUCUCCAACUGCCGCACCGGCACGACGUGGGCAGCUUCGUGCCGAACAUUCCGCCAGCCGGAAGGACCGCCGUGGCGGGGCGGGACUGACGCAACGCCGGCCAGCGAUUGGCGGACCGAACGGAGAAAUUCCACCACUCAGGCGACGGCGGAGGAGGAUAAAAUGGCGCGCUUCCGGCCGUACGGGGGAAGAGAAGACCGUAGCGACAAGACGGACUCCGUGCGUGUUCUCCAGCGACAUAGCGACUCGCAAUCACCGAGCACGACGGUAACCUCACGCCCCACGCUAAUCUCUCUCUCUCUCUCUCGCUCUCUCUCUCCCCACAAAAGGUGC